GUGGCUACAGGUAGCAAACGAAGGGGGAUUAGAUGAUUUGCCACGCUUUAUCAGGGGAGUAAAGUGUGAGUUAUUAAGAUCUAAGCAAACGAAAUGCUCCCCGUGCCUCGGCCCUUCCGUUCUCGCUCUCGCUCCUCGCCGCGGCCCAGCCCCCCUGCUCCAGUCCGGCGUGCCCUCGCGUCCCCACUGCCCAGUCUGGACCUCUCCAAGCACCGUUGAGGUGAUCCCCACGCGGGGGCGUAGGAAGACCGGCGGCCGCGGUCUGGACCGCGCCCACACCCGCCACGCGCGGCACCUGCUCGACGGAAUGCCGGCCUCGCCGCCAGACGCCAUCUUCUGCGCCACCAACGCGCGCUUCUAACCGCGGCAGCGCCGGCCUUUCCCCAGUGCGAGCGUGCGCUUCUUUGGCGCGGCGGCACGGUGCCGUCCCCGAGAAUCCAGGGUCACAGCGGUGAACGAUAAAAGGGGGGAAAAUGGAAAAGAUAAAGUGCCGCUAUUUACCUAGGGAAAAAAACCCCAGAAAGGCAGCUCGGUUUUCGCAGAUCGACCAGAUCGCCGCCUCCUGCUUUCCCUCAAUCCCUCGCCCUAAUUGCUGAAGGAGAUUUCUGCGGCAGAAAAACAGUCUCACCGCCUAAACCGCUGUGGUCGCCGCCUAUCACAGUGGUACCGCGCGGCGCCGCUCAUCACAGUACACCGCGCGGCGCCGCUCAUCACAGUACACCGCGCGGCGCCGCCGAAGGAGAAGACGACUUGGGGGUGGAGUGCCUGCCGGUGUGCCUGACCCAGCUCGAGGACGGGGAGCUAGGAGGCGAGGAAUGGAUGAUGGGAUUGGUGGCGUUCAAGAAUCAAGUGACAUGUCUAUUUCGAGCGAUGACGACGGCAUUAAGCAACAAAGGGAAAGCAUUGUGGAGCUUGCAUACGGCCGUGCUGAAGCUCAACCAGAUGGAUCACUUGGAGAACCUGAAGUGGGGAUGUCCUUUGGUACCGAGAAUGAGGUGAGAGAGUACUACAGCACAUAUGCUAAAGCAAAAGGCUUUGGUGUGACGAGAAGGAGCUCAAACCGUGAUGAUAAUGGACAACUGAAGUACCUUACGUUUUCCUGCUCUCGCUAUGGUAAGGCUCAGCCCAACUCAGGAAAUAUGUUGAAGCCAAGUCGAACAGCCGGGACAGGAUGUAAAGCUAAGAUCAAUAUUACCCGUGCUCCUGAUGGGAGGUUUCAUCUUUCGACGGUCAUUUUGGAUCAUAAUCAUACAUUAAGUCCACUUAAACCUCGGCGGUUCAGAUGCAACAAAAAGUCAGACUUUCGUGUCAAGCGAAGGCUUGAGCCGAAUGGCCCGGCUGAAAUACGAGUAAACAAGAGUUCAACCAUACCUCGUGUCACACACUUUGACAUUGAGAAGCAAUUUCAAUCAGCCUAUACAAAUUCGAAGUUCAAAGAAUUUCAAGAAGAGCUAACACAAACUAUGUACUGUGAUCGGAAGUUGAUGGAAAAGGAGGGGGCGAUAGAAACGUAUGAAAUCACCGAGGAUGUGCUGAUUGACGAAGAUAAAGGAUGGAGAAAAGAUGUUGUGCACCAUGUAUACUUCAGUGAGGAAGAGUUUGAAGUUAAGUGUUCAUGUCGCCGCUUUGAGUUCACUGGUAUUCUCUGUAGGCAUGUGUUAUGUGUGCUCACUCACAAGAAAAUCAAGGAGGUUCCUCCACAAUACGUCUUUGAUCGGUGGAAAAAAAAUGUGAACAGAAAGCACAACUUUAUCAGAUGCACAUAUGGCGGCAUGGAAGACACUCCUGCUGCAGAACGUUUUGAUAGAUUGUGCAAUUCUUUCUACCCAGUUGCAGAGAUAGGCGCCAUGUCAGAUGAUUCAUGCAAUGCUUUGAUGGAAGAGCUUCACACCCUGAAAAUUCGAUUCUCUAGCAACUCAAGUUCUGAAAAUGGUAAGGAACAUGUUGCUACACGGGAAGAUGCACCUUCGAAUGGAAAGUCAACAAGUAAAACUAUACCAAGUCCAAUAGCUGUCAGGUGUGCUGGAUGUCCUCCUUCACUGAGAAAAGAAUCUAUGCUUGAUAAGCUUAUUUGUCAAGCAAACGAAAAGAAGAAGGAAGCUGAACAAAAGGCUUCCUCCACGAAUUUGAACAAGAAAAGGCCCCGGAAAAAUAGAAAAUCAUCAGUGGAUGAUAUUCUAGAACAACAUGUUAUGGAACAUUCGAGUCAGCAACCUGUUUGUUUGGAUGGCCCAGCUAGUAGCAUUACAUCUCAGAGAACAUUUGACUUGGCUAUUACCACUAGCAACAUAAAUCCAUCUGUGACAGCUACAAUACCAUCCGGAGGUUCAUCGACAAUGGUUAUGCCUCAAAUUCUUGGAGAAUACACACUUAUGCCAUUUCAAGUUCAACAAGGAUCGGCUAUAGUGUCCAGCUCUGCAGAAUUACACUUUGAUGGAAUUGGAGGGCUCAACAAUACGGUGGAUCGGAGUUAGACAGGAUUUAUGUAAUUUGAAGAUGUUGGAUGCUGUAUUUUUAGUGUAGUAGCUGUAGCUGAUAGGCACCAGGGCACUAGAAUGUAGACACAUUUAUGUUUAUCUUCUGGUCUCUCCCCUAAGUACUAGAACUGAUUACAAAAUUAUUAUACAUUUGCAAUUUUUUAA